CGGGACCGUCAGCUGAGGGUCACGUGGCGCCCGCGCUGUGGCGGCUCACCAUGCGCGGCGGGCAGGGCGCGGCGCGGGCUCCGGUGCUCCAGUUCACCAACUGCCGCAUCCUGCGCGGCGGGGCGCUGCUCAGGGAGGACCUCUGGGUGCGCGGGGGCCGCAUCCUGGACCCGGAGAAGCUGUUCUUUGAGGAGCGGCGCGUGGCGGACGAGCAGCGGGACUGCGGAGGACGCAUCCUGGCGCCGGGAUUCAUCGACGUGCAGAUUAACGGUGGGUUUGGUGUGGACUUCUCUCAGGCCACGGAGGACGCGGGCGCGGGGGUGGCCCUGGUGGCCCGGAGGAUCCUGUCGCACGGCGUCACCUCCUUCUGCCCCACCCUGGUCACUUCCCCGCCGGAGGUCUACCACCAGGUCCUUCCUCAGAUCCCUGUGAAGAGUGGUGGUCCCCACGGGGCAGGGGUCCUCGGGGUGCACCUGGAGGGCCCCUUCAUCAGCCGAGAAAAGCGGGGAGCUCACCCUGAGGCCCACCUGCGCUCCUUUGAGGCUAAUGCCUUCCACGAUAUACUGGCUACCUACGGGCCGCUGGACAAUGUCCGCAUCGUGACGCUGGCCCCUGAGCUGGGCCGCAGCCAUGAGGUCAUCCAGGCACUGACUGCCCGCGGCAUCUGCGUGUCCCUAGGACACUCAAUGGCCGACCUGCGGGCGGCGGAGGAAGCUGUGAGGAAUGGGGCUACCUUCAUCACACAUCUCUUCAACGCCAUGCUGCCCUUCCACCACCGUGACCCUGGAAUCGUGGGGUUGCUGACCAGCGACCAGCUGCCCCCUGGCCGCAACAUCUUCUAUGGGAUGAUUGCUGAUGGCACUCACACCAACCCUGCUGCCCUGCGCAUGGCCCAUCGGGCCCACCCUCAGGGACUGGUGCUGGUCACCGAUGCUGUCCCAGCCCUAGGCCUGGGCAAUGGCCGCCACACGCUAGGGCAACAGGAAGUUGAAGUAGAUGGGCUGACAGCCUAUGUGGCAGGGGGCACAUGUCCCCCCACUUUCUGCUCUCAAGGGACCAAGACGCUGAGUGGCAGCAUUGCUCCGAUGGAUGCCUGCGUCCGGCACUUCCUGCAAGCUACAGGCUGCAGUGUGGAGUCGGCACUGGAGGCCGCGUCCCUGCACCCCGCCCAGCUCCUGGGACUGCAGAAGAGCAAGGGCAGCUUGGACUUUGGUGCUGACGCAGACUUCGUGGUGCUGGACGACUCCCUGAACGUGCAGGCCACCUACAUCUCUGGUGAGCUGGUAUGGCAGGCCGAUGGUGCCCAGCUGUGACCCAGGACCCCCGAUCCCAGCUGGAGAGGAGGGGCCAGCGUUGACACUGCUGGGCAGAGGUGCCCCGCAGGACGCGCCCUGUCUGUGCCUGUGUGGGGCAUACCUGCUUGGUGUGGCACCCAGGACACAGGCGGGUGGUGCUACCAGCUCUGCCCAGCCCUGUGAGGGUAACCUGGCUGAUGCCUGAGGCUCGCUGGCUCGUGGAAAUUGGUGCGGUUGGGAGUUGGGGGGCACCCAGGGAGGCCCAGGCCGGGCAGUAGUGUGGAUAGCAGCACUGCUUGCUUGCCGACCUGAGCUGAUCUGGCAGUGCAGCGCCCAGCUCCCAGUCCCACCACCACUUCCUGUGUGGAAAACCAAGACCCCACUGUCUGCCAUGUUUACUCUCAGCAACUUUGUCCUCUGAGCCCACCCGCAGGGUCAACCC